CAAAUAUCGAUUGGUCCCGGCAUGAGCUUUGCGCGCGUCAUGCGACAAUCAUGAGUAGCGUGUCUUCGUACGACGACGUCGGCGAGAUUUGGAUCGCAUACGCGUCGCGGUCAAUUCAGCGCAUAGGGUUGUCAACUGUGUUGCUUUAGAAUGUCAUUGCAAUUUCUUACUCAUAAUGGACCAUGCGCAGAGUACAAGUCAGUAUAUAAAUAUAAGAAUCAUAAGGCAGUUAUAUAUUGCCUGUGAUACUUUUUAUCAGAGAAUAAUAUGGAAAUAUCAAAAAUCCUGGCUACUAUAGUCUUUCCAGCGCGUAGUUGAAGUAAAAAAAAUCUGAAAUGGACUCUCCGCCGUCAUGUUCACUAAGCGCUGGACCUCUCAGUGAUCUUGGUAGCAGUGGCCUAGGAGGUUCGAUAUCUAGUGAUUCUGUUCGAGCCCAUCUUGCGAUGGAGAUGCAAGAAAGCGAUAUAGAAAGUAAGUCUCUAUCACAAGAUUCUUUUGAUUAUUCGGAUGGCAUGUGCAGUGAGAAUUUCAACACAUUGAAGAAGGGUCCAGGCUGGGGUGACACAGACGGCAAAUUGGAGGUUGAAGUGGUUGAUGUAGCAAUCAAGCCACCACCAGAGUUUCAGGACAGUCCGUCGCCACCAGAUUCGGAAUCUUUGUCAGCACCAAUUGUGAACUAUGCACGAUUGAUGAGACAUAGAAUAUCAUGCUGGUUCGACGAUUAUGCUGAGAGCCUAGUACAAUCAGCAGUAGAUGAGGCGCUAGUGAUCUCUUGUCGCAUCUCCUGGCCGGAAGGAAGAAUUGCGCCUACUAUGAAUCCGAUUUCAGUGAUAACACGGGCUCAACAGACCAAUUCUAAACGCAUAUGGGACCUAAUGACACCACCAGUAUGCCAGGGUGCUGCUACCAUCACUAUUACUCCGUACAAUACACUGAAUCGGCCGAACUCGCGCUGCUCAUUGGCUUCGUCGAGACUAUCUAGUUCACAUAAUUCCAUUAAUACCUCUGGACUUGGCCACAAAGCCGACGACAGCAGCUUUAUCACAUCCGCCAUGUCGCAUGAUGUAUUGACCACAAGCGAAAUAAGUGAUAUGUACAAUGUGCCGUUUGAUUCGGAUAUUUACACGGUGCCUAUCGACAUGGUACGACCGCUGCACGAUUUGCGGACACCACAAAGGCCCAAACGACACCGGCAUCAUCGCAAGAGACGGCGAAACGUUUCCGCGAGUUCGCAGAGUGAGUUGGAGGCGCAUAUCCAGCAAGCACGCCACUAUUGCGGCAAGUCCCGCGCCAUCACGCACGUUAUUAAAUCUCAACGCUUGCUGGCUGAUGUCUGUUGUAACGAGGGUAACCCAGGUAGUGGUGGUGGCAAACGGCAUAGUGUACCAGGCACUUCCGGACGUCACAAUAUUAAAACAUCGAAUGGACACGCACACAAUAUUGGCGAACCGAUCCAUAUGACUCUACACGAAGUGCGACAGUAUCUACAGACGUUAUAUUCAAGCUCGAGCGACUCUAGCGAGAACAAGAUCAAACGAGACAAAACGCCGCUACUAGGCCAUACACCAGUGCAUCUUGCCGCGACAGCCAAACCCCUCAGUAUAAAUAAUAAUAGGUAUAACAGUAAUAUGCAUACGGAUUCGUCCACGGACACACCGGUAUCCAACAAGAAUACCAGUAAUGGACUGAUGAUUCAUCAUCAUAACAAUAAUAAUAACAAUCAUAACAAUAAUUCUAAUAAUGUGAAGAAACACAAGAGGAACGCGUUUGUCAGCAUUAGGCAUAAGAAGACACGCGAUGAAUCGCAUAAGGAGAAGAGCGAGUCCGAGCGGGAGAAGAUAAAGAAAAGUCAGCGUAAUUUCUCGCUAAAUCUUAAGCAAACACUUUGCAAUAUUUUUCGGUUUCGGCGACUGGGUUCGCCGGAUCAUUUUGUGGAGAAACGCAACAGCAUCGUACAGGGAGAGAUCGUCGAAGAGGAAGAGAGUGUUGAUUCUGAUCAGCAUGCAAAUAACAAUAACACUGCUCCAUCCGAGAUGGAACCGUCCGCGCAAAAACUGCCGUUCUUCAAGCGCGCGUUGCCACCUCUGCCCAAGAGUAAUAGUCAGGUAAAUGUGGAGCAAGCAGAAGAGGCUCUUACAGCAAUGACACCUAAGUGCGAAUCUCCGAGCUUGAUACAACAGCAAGUUUUGUCGCCCGCCGCACGACUCGAAGAAGAUAUCGCAGAAGACACGAGUAUGGAUUUUGCCGCCAGUAUCGAAAAAGUAAAAGAUUAUGGAUGGUACUGGGGACCUAUAUCCGGCGAAGCGGCGGAGAAAAUACUAUCUAACGAGCCAGAUGGCUCGUUUAUUGUACGGGACAGUAGCGACGAUCAUUAUAUUUUUUCUUUAUCAUUCAGACUUAACAGUUGUGUGCGACAUGUAAGGAUAGAACACGAUCAGGGUAAUUUCAGUUUUGGUAGCUGCACAAAAUUUAAGUCACAUACUAUUGUUGACUUCAUCGAGAAUGCAGUUGAGCAUUCACGUAGCGGUCGGUAUCUUUUCUUCCUGCACCGGCGGCCAGUUCUGGGUCCGAUGCGAGUGCAGCUGCUCCAUCCGGUAUCGCGAUUCAAGCAAGUACAGAGUCUGCAGCACACUUGCAGAUUCGUCAUCCUGAAGAUGGUGCGUAGGGACUUGAUCCCGACCUUGCCAUUACCCCGUCGACUCAUCGAUUAUCUCAGCACGCCCCAUUACUACAGCGAACAACUAGCGACCGAGCAGGACGACCGAGCUGAAUCGCCAGUCAGUUCAUCAACCGGCGAACUGGAGAAGAUCUGCUUCACGCCGCAGGGUCUCUCGUGAGGAAAGCCGCAGCAUUCUGUGCCAAGCGGGAGCCCUUCAAGGUUGCAGCAUGUCGAAGCUAAGUGCAAUAAUCGAAGUGAUUCUUAAAAUGAAUAACGGACACAUUUCGACGGAUAACAAAAUUUGAGUUUAGCGUUAAAUGCGCCAAUUCGAGCAAGAGAGCUCGUUUAAGUAACUCAAAUUUCCAUCGACGAUAACAUGAUUAAAGGACGGUAGUAAGUGUAUUUAUAUCAAAUGUUUUUAUAUACAUGUAUUUAUAACUUUCGAUGUCUGCGCUGCGAAGAACAAUUCCUUUUGAAUGUAUUUUUCUUCUAGCAAAAUGUGAUAUUAUUGAUAAAUAGAUAGUUGCGAUAUUAGAACCGUCUUAUCAAAAGCAAAACAUCCCAAUUACAAAUUGAGCAUUUUAUAGAAUAUAGAAUAUUCCGGUACUAAUUGUGUAUGUUGCUUUAGAUUUUCCAAUUAACUCGCAGGGUUGGGUAGUAACUAUAGUUAAACAGUUAAAAAUUAAAUUAAAAAGUUGAAAAGUUAAUAACUUUUAACUUAACUUAGUUAAUUUUAAACGUGUUAACUUUUAACUUAAACUAGUUAUUUUUAAAUGCAUUAACAUUAACUUAUUAACUUUUUUUAUACAAGUUAAAAUAAUUCAUCAAUAUUAAAGUCGUGUGAAAAUGAUUGAUCGUAAUGCGAAUAUUUCAUUUGUUGUACAACAAAUUUGUCGGAUGUGUCGAUUCGCUGUUGGAUAGAGAAUAAAUUUUUAACUUCUAUAAGUUAAUAAUUUUUUAACUUUAUUAACUUUAACUAAGUUAAUUUUUGUUUAAGUAACUUGUAACGCAAACUUAGUUAAUUCUUGGGCUAUUAACUUCAAACUUACCUUAGUUAAAAAAAAAUUAACUUACCCAACCUUGUUAACUCGUAAUGAAGUUUUAAAACAUGACAUCCAUAGGGAUAUCUCUCUAUUGUAAGGGAAAUAAAUUUUUGCUUCGUUCGAAAGUUUAACUUUGAUAGUAUAGUCGCUUGACACAGAAUGUGAAAUGCUUCUUCUUUCGCAUGCCAAAGUAUAAAACUGUAUCCAGAGUACAACAUUUGUACAUAUUCUCAUGUUCACUGUUAAAUAUAUAAUUUUGCGUACAAAGAUUUUUACAUGAUUAUUACAUAAAUUAUGUUUUCUUAAGAUAGAUAUUCGCAUAGUAUUAGGGGACACAUUAUUUAAAAUUUAUGAAAGUAGAUUGAAAAUAUUAAGAUUAAUUGUAGAAAGUUCUUUUUUCUAUAGUUUGUUGUAAUCAUAUGUAAUUGUAUGUUUACGAUAUAUCUUAUGUAUAUCUUGUG